CCUCCUUUCUCAUCCACGGAGAGCAGUCGGUGUGUGCAGUUGUAAUCUAUCCUGAGUAAUUCACUUGCGUGGGGAGGCGGACCAAUAAGGGCGUGAACGCACACAAAAAAGGCACGGAUAACGGAAAAGACACCAGACGAGAGCAGCGCGCGGAGACGAGGGUCACAGCCGCUCAGUUUUGAUCACUUUAACAACAUCGGACUCCAUUCAGUCACUGGCAAUCAAGAUGAGCACAGUGAAACAGUCCGAACCGGGACCGUCAGAGGAGAUGAUGCGGAUGAUGGUGAUGCACGAGGCGCUCACGGGCAGCGAUGCUCGCCGUUACGGUUCCCCGGUGGCUUGUGUAGAAUGAGAGUUUGGGUCAGUGCGCAGAGAUGUCGGUGCCUUUGCUGAAGAUCGGUGUGGUGCUCAGCACCAUGGCAAUGAUCACCAACUGGAUGUCCCAGACACUGCCAUCACUAGUGGGGCUCAACACCACCAAACUGACCGCGGCGCAGGGCGGUUAUCCUGACCGGAGUAUAGGAGUUUUACCUGCUAACCCAGAGGAGUCCUGGCAGGUGUACAGCUCGGCUCAGGACAGCGAGGGCAGGUGUGUGUGUACGGUCGUCGCACCUCAGCAGACCAUGUGCUCAAGGGAUGCCCGCACCAAACAACUCCGCCAGUUACUGGAAAAGGUGCAAAACAUGACGCAAUCAAUCCAAGUAUUGGACCAGCGGACCCAGAGGGACCUGCAGUACGUUGUAAAGAUGGAAGAUCAGCUCCGUGGCCUGGAGACCAAAUUCAGACAGGUGGAGGAGAACCACAAACAAAACAUCGCCAAGCAAUACAAGGCCAUAAAGGCAAAAAUGGCGGAGCUGCGUCCGCUGAUUCCCGUACUGGAGGAGUACAAAGCGGAUGCGCGGCUGGUUCAGCAGUUUAAGGAGGAGGUGCAGAACUUGACGUCCAGCCUCGGCCUCCUCCAGCAGGAGAUGGGAGCCUAUGACUAUGACGACCUGCACUCCCGCGUGAUUAGUCUUGAGGAGCGGCUACGUGCGUGCAUGCAGAAGCUUGGACAUUGCCAAGAGAAGAUGAUGACUUUGUCUGAUUUAGCUGCUCACAGACUAAACAUGAGUCACAAAUAUACCGACUCAAGUGUGCCAGUAGACGCUGGACUUUCUAACACAAGUCAAAAUGUCAUGGCGUGUGGUAAGCUGACCGGCAUUAGUGAUGCAAUCACUAUUAAAACAUCCGGGUCUCGGUUCGGAUCCUGGAUGACAGACCCCCUCGCUCCUGAAGGAGACACAAGGGUGUGGUACAUGGACGGCUAUCAUAACAACCGUUUUGUGCGGGAAUAUAAGUCUAUGGCGGACUUCAUGACGUCGGAUAACUUCACGUCUCACCGCCUGCCGCACCCUUGGUCCGGGACGGGUCAGGUGGUCUACAACGGCUCCAUCUAUUUCAACAAGUUCCAGAGCAACAUGAUCAUCAAGUUUGACUUCAAGACGUCCACCAUAAGUAAAUCUCAGCGUCUGGACAACGCGGGCUACAGUAACACCUACCACUAUGCCUGGGGUGGACACUCCGACAUCGACCUCAUGGUGGACGAGGGCGGGCUCUGGGCCGUCUACGCCACCAAUCAGAAUGCGGGGAACAUAGUCAUCAGCAAGCUCCACCCCUUGACCCUGCAUAUAAUCCAGAGCUGGACGACCAAUCACCCGAGACGCAGCGCCGGGGAGUCAUUUAUGAUUUGUGGGACGCUCUACGUGACCAACGGCUACUCGGGAGGGACGAAAGUCUACUACGCCUACCACACCAACUCCUCAACGUAUGAGUACAUUGAUAUCGUUCUGCAGAACAAGUACUCGCACAUCUCCAUGCUGGACUACAACCCACGAGAUCGCGCGCUGUACGCCUGGAAUAACGGACAUCAGGUCCUAUACAACGUUACGCUUUUCCACGUCAUCCGCUCGGAGCAACUGUAACCUUGGAGGAUUUGAGUGGGAGUAUCUGAAGACAAUCUUUAGCAAUGUUCUUCGACGGAUUGUUAUAAAAAAAAUGCUAUGCUGAAUGAAAACUAAACCUGAACAAUAGACAUGUGAAUGGAAAAUAGAACACAAAAUCAUGAACAGAUGCCAAAAAUAUAAAAAAUAAAUAAACAAUGCCACGCCUUUCUUUUUUUUUUACUAAAGGACUUUACUUUCUAGGGCACUGUAUGAUCAGAUGUUUUCCAGUAGCACUAAAAAGACAUUUCUUCAUGCUUUUCUGCGCACUGAAAUGUAGGGAACGUUGGGAUUAGUCACGAACUAGUAGCCCACACUCAACCUCAUAAACUGAGCGUGUGCAGGAAAACCGAUGGUGCUUCACUUGGCAAACUAACACGGACGGUUUACCAGUCUGUGCAAUAUCCUAAGUCCAACCUGUGUGCUUUGCAAAGCUCAUUUCUUUAGGAAAAACGAAAAAAAUGUGAUUGGGUGAAGGCGUUGACUGUUGAAAGCUCGUUCAAAGGAUUCUCGUGAGAUUUUACUUGAACUUACCUGCGAUUAAGUUGCUGUGAUGCGGACCAUAUCAUGGUAUUUUAUAAUGACCUACAUGUAUGUAGCACCUGAGAACAGACCAAAGCGUGCUAUUAAAGUCGACAUGAAAUCACACAUUCCCUUACACAUAUGCAUAAUUACCAUAACUUGCUCCACCUCUGAAACGACCUUCACUUUUGGAUCCAGAAAAUGUAUCCAUCAUUCUGGUCAUAUUUACCAGUGCAAUCAAUUCCCAAUGAAUAAAAUCAAGUCUCUCGUACAGCGUUUUUCUUGUUGAAUAUCCUAAUAACACAGAAACAUAUUUUCAUUUUGACUUUAAAUCUUCUCUGGUGAGUUUAUCACCCUUCAGGCUACUGAUACACACAUUGUUGUGCUUGUAAAUGGAUGUCAGCUGCAUCUGUAUCAUGAUUGCUACGAUACACCAACUCUGUGUAACAGAUGUGCCAGUUUUACUAGCAGAUGGUUCAGGUACAAUCUUACUCCGAUAUAGUCUCCGUGCUGGUGAAUUCUUGUAAAAUGAUCCUUUAGUUUUGCAUGAGCAGUUUUUACGUGCGCAGGUGUGCUCAAAGCAAUGUUUACCUGUGUGAUGCUGUACAUGACUGAUUUGGGAUCAGGAGGGGGGGAGGUUGGGGUUGGUUAUAGUCUCUUAAAAAAAAAAAAGAUGCUUGUUUCUAUCUGGUUUGUUUCGAGUGGAUUGUUCCUUAACGCCCAUGCUUGAUUUUUGUAGAUUUACAGUUUGAUGUUUUUUGUAAUUUACAGUAGUACAGUCUGCUUGGGUGAUGCUUCAGUGUCUUUGUUUUAGUUCGUUGGCGUUAGAAAUCCACAUUUCUGUCAUGAAAAAGAUUUAUAUCAGAAUGUAAAAUGUCUCAUUUGGACGACAUCUAAAAUAUGAAUAUGAAUCAUUGAGCAGUCUAAUAUAUAAUGUACUCAUUUUAUCAAGGCUCAUACUGUCUUAUGAAGCUAAUUAGCUAAAGCUAUUUCCAGCUGUCAUUCUUUUUGUGCUUAGCUGGAUGUGUGUUGUACCUACAAUACGAUGAUUCUUAUCAAUAAAAGAGGAUUUAUGUCCUGAUGUCA